AUGGGGGUCAGAAUCCAUGUGUACAGAAACAUUCAUACGCUCAUUGCACUCUCACCCAAAGAGUACUUCAGCAUGGCAGCUUCUUGUGCUCUAGAUGUAGUAUCAAGGCCCAGAAUGCUUUACUUUCAGAGUGCUCAGCUGCCUUUUGCUGAUAUCUGGAAAUACGGUGUUUUAACCUUGUCUGUCCUUCUGCUGUUGAUGGCAUUAAUCAUUUUAACCUGUCAACUCUGUGAAUGCCAGAAACUCAGCAAAGCUGAGAAAGAAAGAAAAUAUGCCAACGAAGUUUGCAAUGAGAUGACACAAGAGAAUGGUUUUUUGGGGAAAAGAUUACAGUCAUCUUUCCUUGGCAUUAGUCAACAUCCCUAUUACAAUUUCAAGAACCAAAAAGCCCAAAAGGAGCUUAAGAAGCUUGAAAUUGUCCUUUCGCCGUCCUCAGCGAGUAGCAAUAACACGGGCGAUGAUGUGGAUGUUCCCGACCAUAUCCAGGGCAAGCUGAGGUUCUCGCUUGUCUACAACAAAAACCGCCUGGAGCUGCUCUUGAUGAUCACAGGGGCACUGGGCCUUCCCAGCCAAGGCUGCAUGAACCUUUUCAUCCAGGUCAGGCUGCUGAGCUGCGGGUCCUCCCAGUCCCCUGGCCUCCAGCACAUUGUCCAGGAAUGGCAGACCCAAGUGGUCAAGAACUGCACCAGCCCUACUUUCGGUGAUCAGUUCGCUUGCACCCUGCCGGAAGCUGAGCUGGGAAAGAGCAGCAUCAAAUUAGAGGUUAAACACUUUGACAGAUAUUCCCGGCACAUACCUCUGGGAGAGGUGAGGGUUGCCUUGAAUGCGUUAAAGAAUUUCCAAAGUAUGGAAUUCUGUGAAGAAUUGUGCAGAGCAACAAAGGACGUUGUUGGAGAGGUGCUUGUGUCUCUGAAGUGUCUCCCUCUCUCUCAGAGGAUAGAAGUUGGGCUGCUAAAGGUUAAAACUGCCUCCAUAUGCAGUAGUCCGGAGAAACGCAUAUAUGCAAGAAUUGGGGUCUUCUGGAACCUCCAUAAGCAGAAGCACCAGAAAUCCAAACCCAAGCCUCUCACAUCAGUUACCGUUUUCAAUGAGACUUUCCUCUUCCACCUUCCUGAGCCUGUAGUGUGGGACUGUGCUGUCCUCGUCUCCAUUUACAAGAUGCAUUCCAGCGGCAGGCAGCUUGUUGGACAGGCUGCCCUGAGGAAAAGAGAACCCGGUGAAACGAAUUAUCACUGGGACGGCAUGAUGCAGUCUAUCCAGCAGCCCAUAGCUCAGUGGCAUCCUCUGCUCAUUUAA